GGUUUGGGGAGAAGUGAGCUGGGCUGGUGUAGGGGUUUGCUCUUUCCAGGGACCGCUGGACAGAGGGGUUAGCCAUGUCGUCCUUGAUCCGAAAGGUGAUCAGCACUGCGAAAGCCCCAGGGCCUCUUGGUGCCUACAGUCAAGCUGUGUUAAUCGACAGGACCGUUUACAUUUCGGGACAGAUAGGUAUGGACCUUUCAAGUGGACAGCUUGUCCCAGGAGGACUGGUAGAAGAAGCUAAACAAGCUCUUAUAAACAUUGGUGAAAUUCUGAAAGCUGCAGGCUGUGACUACACUAAUGUGGUAAAAACAACUGUGUUGCUGGCUGACAUAAAUGACUUGACUGCUGUCAAUGAAAUCUACAAACAGUUUUUCAAGAGUAGUUUUCCUGCUAGAGCUGCUUACCAAGUUGCUGCUUUGCCCAAAGGAAGCCGUGUUGAGAUUGAAGCAGUUGCUGUCCAAGGACCACUCUCACCAGCAUUACUAUAAAUGGUCCGGUGUUGUUUAGCAUGGCAUUCUCAUAAUUAACAUCUCAGUUUUUACCAUUGAUGUUCAGAGUGUAAGUCUGAUGAAAAUAUCUGAAGAUAUUUAUGAAAAUUCCCUGUAAUGGGGGAAUUGAACAUGAAUUGAAGAUUAGAUGAUGAAUCCAGUUGCUGAUGUUACAAAUUACAUUUAUGCACACACUCACAUCACUGAAUGUGGAAGAAGGUUCACUCAUUACAUAGUUACUCAAAUAAAUAAAAGUGAAGGGAAACAAUAUGUAGAAAAGGUAAAUUACUCUUCUUGAGAAUACAGCUCACUUAAUCUAAUUAAAUCCUACUAAUUUAAUGAUGUGAAAUAUGUUUGGUUCUCAUGUCAGAUAAGUGAUUCUGCUUCUACUUGAGUAAAAGUAAAGUAUUCAAGUUGAAUGGCAGAGGCAAAGAAGAAUAAAGCGGACUAGAAUUUUAUAAAAUAGAUAUUUUUCUAAUGGAAAUAAAAUAG